GUUCCGGAUGCCAACGCCGGCCUCCUGCCCCGUCGCCGCUUCCAGGAAAACCAUCGCCCGGCCCCUUCGCGUGGGCGUUUCUCUGAGCGCUCAUAAAAACAACAACAACCCCGUCGCUUCGGCCAUGGCCGCGGCAAACACCGUGGAAAAUCUCCAGGAGGAAACCACCUGCGCCAUCUGCCUGGAUUUCUUCCACGACCCUGUCAUGCUCCUGGGUUGUGGCCACAAUUUUUGCCGUGGCUGCCUCAACCGUUGUUCUGGGGAUGCCGCCGGGGCUGGUUCCUGCCCCCAGUGCCGUUUACCUUUCCCCCGCGAUGGCUUCCGUCCCAACCGGCAACUGGCCAACGUGGUGGUGGCCGUCCGGGAGCUGGCAACGCCGGUGGCGGAGGAGCUUUGCCGGCGGCACCGCCAACCCCUCACCCUUUUUUGUCGCCGGGAUGGGAUCCUCCUCUGCACCGCCUGUGCCAAGCAUCGCACCCACCCCGCUGCGCCCCUCGAAGAGGCCGCUCGCGAGUACAGGGAGCAGUUCAAAGCUUCUCUAAAAGUCCUGCAAGAGGAGGACGACCGACUCGCCGGGCUGGUGGCGGCAGCGGAGGAGAAAAGACGGGAGAUGCUGACUCGAGUCGGCGCUGAGAAGCAGAAGCUGCUGGCGGUGCUGGAAGGGCUUCGGCGGGUGUUGGGAGAGCAGGAAUCGCGGUUCUUGGCCCGUCUGGGUCACCUGCACCGCAGGCUGGAGGAGCAGCGACGUGGGGAAGCCUCCGAGCUGGCCCGGCUACGGCAACGCCGCACGGAGCUCCAGGCCAAGUGCCGGCAACCGGACGGUGACCUGCUGCAG